AUGGGCAUCUCUCUCGAGGAUCUUGCUCCUGCUGUUCCCGUCGUCAGUAUCAGAGUCCCAGAAGGCUUCAUCUACGGACCUACUGUUCUUCAGCCAACUCUUCAAGAGUAUGAUGAGACUUCCAAGAAUGGGGGUUACUCAGACACAGGUUCAAAGGCCACUUUCAAGGGGUUUGGCUUCAACACUAUCUUCAGGCCUUUGAGCCGAAACCCAAAGACUAUUACGAAGUUUCCCAAGCCCCCAACCGACAAGAGCACCAGCAACCUCCUGCAACUCAACCUGACUGGCGAAACUCAAGUGUUCAGUGAGAUAUUACUUAAGGAUGUACCCAAUCGUGGUUUGUUUGAUCAGGCCGACAUUGACCUCAUCGGUCGACCAUAUACGCAGUCUAUUGUCGAUGCGAUGCCCGACGAAAAGGGAAAUUUCCCAGAAAAUCCACCUGUCAUCCACUUCGAACCAGGACUAUGGAUGCGUGUGCCUCAGGUUGAGGACAUGCCGGAGCUUGCAGCCUCUUUUUGUCGCAUGGGAUCUAUUCCUCAUGGCACAACCAUCAACGCUCAAGGAUUUGAGCCUGCCCGCACUUCCAAAGGAGCCCCCAAAAUUGAUCCCACCAGCAUCACUCCACUCGAAAUCCCCCAACUUGGAAUUCCUCCCAUCAAGCCUCACAAAACUGUUACCGAACUGAAAGAGAAAAGAUUCGACAACCAAGAUGCUGACAAAGACACUACUCGUCGCCUUCCCCAAGAUCUUCGCAAGUUUAUUGCCAGUGGGUCUAUCACCCAGCAGAUUAUCGAUGACCCAAACACUAUCCUGCGACAGGCUAAUGAGGGCAAGCAUAUCGUUGAAAACACCAUGUUUAUUGUCUCGACUAAUGCUCCGCCCGGUGCCUUCGGCGGUGGAACAUCCAACAUUGGCUUCAAUAUCGGGUCAGAUGAGGGCAAAAAGGCAGAAGCUUCGCACGAGAAGAAAAGCGGUAACGCCAACGCUGUCGACGUGACGGCUCAGUACUGGGUCUCCAAGAUCCGUACCGAGGUUGAGCUUGAUCCUUCCAUGAGCGUUGGCCAAACUGUUUCUCCUGCUUCUCAAGGCCCUAGAGAUGCUGUUCCCGAGUUCUUCAUCGACGAACACGUUGAGAUUCCAUCAUCCAAGAAGGUUGUCAUUGUCGCGAACGACCAGAUUCAGUACUCUCAGAUGGUGAUGCUUGAUUUCAAUGGACUUAAGUGGCCUCAUGUUACUGUUGCAACUCUUGCGCCGAUUGUGAGCCUCGAGAAGCCAACACUUUCUUCGGCUAUAGAGUAUGGCAAGGGAUCGUCUGAAUGA